GGGUCGGAGGCCGUGACCCCGGUGACCCCGGUGACGACCCCGGUGACCCUGGUGACGACCCCCGUGGCCCCGGUGCGGCCUCACUCGGCCUACGCCCUCUUCUUCCGCGACACUCACGUGGCCAUCAGGGGCCAGGACCCUGACGCCUCCUUCGGGGACGCCACCAGGAUCGUGGCCUCCAUGUGGGACAGCCUCGCUGAUGGGCAGAAGCAGGUUUACAAGAAGAAAUCUGAUGAUGGCAAGAAGGAAUAUCUGAAGGCGUUAGUGGCCUACAAGGCCACGUUAGCCACCAAGGACCGUGCUGCUCCUGCCGCGGUGACGCCACCGCCGCCAUCACCGGCACCGCCAUCACCGCCAUCACCGCCAUCACCACCACCACCGCCGCCAUCACCGCCAUCACCGGCCCCACGCUGGCCGGACUCCGGAACGCCUCUGGUUGUCCCGUUCUACGGAACGCCGGGCGGGACGGGAGUCUUCCUCCUGGCUACCGCCACCUCCACCUCCUCCAACAACGUCUUCUUGUCACGCUUCCCGUCCACUACAAACACCGCCUCCACCUCCUCCACCUCCUCAGUCUUCUUGUCACGCUUCCCAUCCACUACAUCCACCACCUCCUCCACCUCCACCUCCUCCUCCACCUCCAUUUUCUUGUCACGCUUCCCGUCCACUACAACCACCACCUCCUCCUCUGUCUUUUUGUCACGCUUCCCAUCCACUACAAUCACCACCUCCUCCUCCUCCACCUCCUCCUCCACCUCCAUUUUCUUGUCACGCUUCCCGUCCACUACAACCACCACCUCCUCCUCUGUCUUUUUGUCACGCUUCCCAUCCACCACCGCCUCCACCUCAUCUGUCUUCUUGUCACGCUUCCCAUCCACUACAACCACCUCCUCCACCUCCUCCUCCAUCUUCUUGUCACGCUUCCCAUCCACCACCACCACCGCCUCCACCUCAUCUGUCUUCUUGUCACGCUUCCCGUCCACUUCAACCACCGCCUCCACCUCCACCUCGUCUGUCUUCUUCUCACGCUUCCCGUCCACUACAACCACCUCCUCCACCUCCUCCAUCUUCUUGCCACGCUUCCCAUCCACCACCACCACCGCCACCUCCUCCUCUGUCUUCUUAUCACGCUUCCCAUCCACCACCACCGCCUCCACCUCAUCUGUCUUCUUGUCACGCUUCCCAUCCACUACAGCCACCACCUCUUCCAUCGUCUUCGCCACCACAAGCACCACCACGUCGUCCGCAGCCGCCGGCAGUCGCCAGCCUCUAUCUUGUAUGGGAAGAAGAGGAGGCGUAAGACCCGGUUCGGAUCUCACGGAUUGGACUGCAGGAGCCAGGCUGACUCCGGCUCUGUGCUCCCGAUCCGGCUGCCGGAACUUGCCUGUGGAGAGCAGCGACUGGGACAUGGAGUACUGCAGCAGUGAAUGUGUGGUGCAGCACUGCAGGGCGGUGUUCCUGUCGUGGGUAUCGGACCGACUCCAUCCUGGUGCACGGUGAUCCAGACAGAGACCCAUAGACUACUCAUAGAGACCCAUAGACUACUCAUAGAGACCCAUAGACUACUCAUAGAGACCCAUAGACUACUCAUAGAGACCCAUAGACUACUCAUAGAGA